AUGCGGCAGAGGAUUAAACAACUCGACCUAGACGGUCGCGAGGGCCACGAUGCCAUUUUCGAGGCCUCCUACCUGGAUGAUAUUCCGGCCGCCUUGGAGGAAUGGGGAGCGUCUCACAUCCUACUAGUCGUGAGCACGACCCUCGACACCAACACAUCCAUGAUCAGAGACUUGGAGGCCCGUCUAUCCGAUUGUGUGCUACAAAAGAAAACGGGAGUGGGAAGUCACUCCCCGUACCGGGACAUCAUGGAUAUUGCCCAUACCAUUCAGUCACAGGGCAUUCAGGCUGUCAUCUCCAUCGGGUCCGGUUCCUACUCUGACGCAUGCAAGAUCGCCGUCAUGCUCAGUGCGACUCUCCCAGCCGGCUUCGGCACUGACGAUAUGGAAGCCCUGGUCGAUCAGGUUUACGGUCUGGCUGGCCCCGACGGGAUCAAAGCGCCCACCACCAAGCUCAUCUGCGUGCCGACCAGUCUCAGCGCCGGGGAGUGGAACCACUAUGCCAGCGGCACCAACGCUCAGGGCAAGAAACAGCACUUUGUGCAUCCCGAGGGAUCCCCGAGCUUGAUCCUGAUGGACCCGCGGAUCGCCAGUACCAUGCCCUCACACUUGUGGCUGGCGUCGGGUGUGCGGGCUGUGGAUCAUUUCGUGGAGACACUGUGCAAUCCUGAGUGCCACGAGGAAGCCACGGAGCACAUCAAGAAAGCGCUGCCAAUCCUGAUCCGGGGUCUCAAGGAUUAUCACACCGGUCAGGAAAAGCAUGAUGAAGAGGAAUUGCUCAAAGGCAUUUCGGAAUGUCAGCGCGGCUCACGAGACGCUCUCCUGCCCUUCAUUCAAUGGAAGAUUCCUAUGGGGCCAAGCCAUGCGAUCGGCCAUCAACUCGGAAGUGUCGCUGGUGUGCAGCAUGGAGUCACGAGUUGCAUCAUCUUACCCGCGACGUUGCGAUACACCAAGCCUCAAACCGCGGCUGCCCAGGAGAUAAUCCUCGACAUCUUCAACUCGGUGUUGGGGUUCCAGGAGACUGAAGCCGCUGACGCUAUGUUACGAUUUGUGCAACUCCUGGGGAUGCCAUCCCGGCUGUCCGAGGUCAACGUGACCAGUGACGAGCAGUUGCACAAGAUUGCCGAUAUGACUUUGACCGAUGUCUUGGCAGAAAAAGGGAACCUGCCCGACAGAGCUGGUGUGCUGCAGAUCCUCGAACUGGCUCGGUAA